AUGUUAAAUUUGUUUUAUGGUUGUGAUGAAGUGUAUUCCUUCGAAAACAAAGAGGAAAUAUCUAAAACCUUAGACUUUGAUUAAUUUGGAUAAAUGAAAUUAGAUUUUAUUAAUAAAUGUAUUACUUAUAAAAUAGAUCGACGAAAAUUUAUUAGAUUAAGAGAUUUGAUAUUUUGGAUUGUAAUAAAUACAUUAUUAUUAUUCUUAAUAGGAAUCAGGCUUUGUUAUGAUUCAUUUAGGAUAAUUAUUGCAAUUAAUUAUUAACUUAUUACGAAAAGUACAAAUUAUGGAAUCUAAAGAAAUUGAACAUAAUUAUCUUAAUACUCAUAGAAUUUGGCUUUAAUUAACUCAAAAUAGUUAAUAUCCAAAUCUUAUUUAUUAAUUUUUAUAUUAUACUAUUCAUUUCACAGGAUACUAAUGUCCAUUUUAUGAAAAUUAAAUUAAACCAUCUAUGAAAGCUUCACAUUAAAUUAAUAAAAUUAUAAUAUUCAUUAUUAAUAGAUGUUAUAAUUCAAUUCACUUAAAAUGGACAAAUCUAUAAAAAAGAAAUGAAAUAUUUGAAGAAAUUUUACAACCAAUAAUUAAUUUAUGUAAAUCUAAUUCAACUUCUUUUGAAAUCAUUACAUUCAUUAAAGAAAUAUUAAUGAAAUAUAAUUAUUAAGAUGAUUAAAAAAAUAAAAUGGUUUAAUCAUUAUAAAUAGAUGAUAAUUACAAUGAUUAUUUUGGAUCUGAUAGAUAAGAAUUAAUACCAAAAAUAAAUAAAGAUUUAACUUCAAUGAUUGAAUUUGGAUCUUAAUAUGGAUAAAUUGUACUUGAAUUUUUAUUACAAAAUUAUAUUCCAAUUAUUACUCAACAUUUAUCAUCUAUAUCUAAAAUUAAAUUCGAUUAUAUGAUGAAAUGUUAAGAAUAACAUAAUAUUUUAUAAAAGAGAGAAUGCAAGCUUAAAUAACAAAUUAAUUAAUUAGUUUAAUAUCAAAUAAAAGAUAACUUAUAAGAAUAUGAAAAGAACUAUAAAUUUGAAAUUACCUAAUAAGAAAUGAAAUAACUGGAAAAAGACAUUAUUGAUUAAGUAUUUCAAUCUAAAUUUGUUUAAUAUUUUAACAAUACAUAUUGGUUACAUUCUAAUAAUCCAGAUAUUGAUGAUGCAAUUUAUGCCAUCAUUUCAAAAAAUAUAAUUGAACCUGUAUCAGAAAAAAUAGAAAAAUUAUUUAUGUAUAAGAUCAUGUUAUUAAUUGAUUAAGUUAUAUGA